AUGGCUUCUCAUGGGAAACUCCUCCUCUUGGUGGUUAUGACAGUUGUCUUCAAACAAGUGGCCAGUCUGGCUUGUGGUUCUAAAGAGUUACUGUCGGACCUAGACAUAACUUCCGGUAUAUUCAAUGGUAACGCAGUAGCCAAGCUCGACAUUGUCUUAGGACAUGAUAGUAAUGUAUCGGCCACUCUGAAAACCGGCUGCGGCAAUCAGCCUUUUUUAAUCAUCACCAAUACAGUUACGGCGAUUCCAACCCUUCCACAAUUUACGGUCACAGAGACAGCACCAACGAAAGUUACUACUGUAACAGUCUCUGCAUAUCCGCAUGGUCCCCAGAUCACCUCUGUUGGUGCGUGCUGUUUUGGUGAUCGUGUCUUUGGCGUAUUCGGAUUUGACAUGCUAACUUUCUGCCUUUCUGAUCACCCAGCCGAUACCAAGUUAAACGUCCUGACGCCAUGCACUACUAUUUUUGAGCCAACCUCUACUCCGCUAACCUCCGAUGCUACCUCUGGCAAGAAGCCCCCAUUCAAGCCUAUUCACGACCUCAUCAAACGCAUUAUUAUGGGUUCAGGCGAGACUUUACCACCCCUUAACAGCGUGCUCAAGACGGACCGUCGAAGUCAUAUUACUCAUAUGAAGGCUACGGACAUAGUGAUGUGCGACGUCUUCCCCGAAGGCCUCGAUAUCAGAAUAUCCUUUGUCCAUGUUAUCACUUGCCUGAUAUUGUUUGGAGUCGUGCUGAUGGAGAAGCGCAUUACAAUGGUGGUUUACUUCCGUAUGCAGCUACCAUUGGCGAUCAAGGAUAUUGUUUCAGCUUCCAGAGAGAAUGUGGUUUGCGAAAGAUGA